GUCUAAAUAUGGAACCCUCACAGAAACAACAUAUGCUUGUCCAAGUAGCUGCUCAAGAUAGAAAGAUGGCCAAGCAAGAGAAAGAAUGCAAGAAAGUGGUAAUGGAUGGCAUCAGGGAUUUUUGUAGUAAAGGGAUUACUAGAAGGGAAUUGAAAAGGAUUUGUCGAGAAGUGGAGGGGUUUAGAGUUUAUUUUGGAAUGAAGGUUUUGGAAGAGAAGGGGGUGAAUGUUGGGUGUUCUUUUGGACAUAUUGAUAGAUAUCCAAUGGAUUUGUAUUCAAUUAAAAAAUGAAUGCAAAAGAAGUUUCUUAUAAAUUUUCUAAAAGAAAUAUUGAUACUCUAAAUCUGAAGUAUCAGCCAAUCAAAUCAAAGAUUAAUUUGCAAGAAUUCAUGCCUGUUUUGAGCAAAGUUUUCUUGAAAAUAAGCCAAGAGCUUUGAAUAUAAAGUUUAUAUUCCUAAAUUAUUUUAACCCCCAUAUAACAGGAUUUAUUCUUUCAUACGCCAUUUGACUCAUUUAUUAUUAAACUCUGCCACUUAUCCAAAGCUGAAAUUUGUCUCUUGUAUUUUCUGAUGUAAAAAUUCAGAUUAUCCAGCUCCAAAAUUUUACCCCAAGCCUGUGCUCAAAGAUCUAGCUCUUCUUGAGUGAAAUGACUCUUCUGGUGAGAAGGUUGGAUCGGAGUCAGCUUUUGAGGUAAAAAAGGGGCAGAGAGAUACUUAAAAUAUUUUGGAGUGCAAGAUUAGUAGUUUAGAUCAUUACUAUUAAUCUAAUACUGCCGAACUUAGUUAUGAAGAGGGUGAAUGCGCAGUCUUCGCUUGUA